GUCGCGGGUGCUGUUUUUGUAAGGUGAUUCUGCAAUUACGUAUUCUUUUUCCACUCACAGCUUUAACACAGAAAAGAGGGGGAAAAUUAUGAUUUAUCUAGUCGGUGCCGGAUACAGCACAGUCGUUGGAAUCAUUCACCGGAGGCCAAUUUUUUUUAUCUCAAUUAUUCCAAACAACACCAAUUCAACGCUCUACGUCGUCGUAUCUCUGUGUCGGAAUUGCAGACAGCACGGCUUCAGUAGCGCUUCUGAAUCAGCUUGGACAGAUUUUCCAGUAGAGAACGCGUACGAGCUGUUAGAAGUGUCGGAGACCAGCUCCUCCGCUGAGAUCAAAGCGUCGUUUCACAAAUUGGCCAAAGAAACUCACCCGGAUCUCGCUGAGUCAAGGAAGGAUUCCACUGCGUCACGACGAUUUGUGCAAAUCCUGGCCGCAUACGAGAUUCUUUCAGAUUCUCAAAAGAGAGCCCAUUAUGACAUGUACCUGUUGGCUCAGAAAAAGCUUAUGCAACAUUAUCCUGGGCAGGGUUCAAAAUUGCAUAUUUACAAAUCACAAGCUACAACGUUCAGGGAAAUGGAGGUUGUUGAAUGGUUAAAGUGGUACAGAUUAGCUAUAAAUAACAUUUUGUCAGAGAAGAAGGUGGUGGUUGGAACAGGCUAUUUUGAUGUACUUGAAAGAGAUUUUUAUUCAGCUAUUCAUGCAGCAUACUAUGGUCCUGAAAUUGAUUCUGUGCCCAUGGAACUUCUUCCUGACUGCUUUGAGGCUGAGGAGAGGUCCUCUUACGAAACUCCUGAGGUUUUGCAUUUGGUUUCAGGACGUGAUCUUUUUGGAAUGGUUUGCCUAGUCAACAAGGUUCCAGAGAUAUCAACUACUAACAAUGAAAAAAUAACUGCUUUUAGAUCCUUCCAUUCUGGCUUGUGUCAAUCUUUAACAAAUGUGAACGUCCACAAUGCAGAAAGACCAGAUGAUUUUGAAACUGACCAAGUUCACAGUUCUAAAACUUCAAGUAUUGUAUCAGAUGCAUAUGGAGAUCUAGAAUUGCAUAUCUCUGGAAGAGUGGUUGCUACGGCAUCUAGGGCCCAACGAAAACGCUAUUCUGGUGUGGUGCAGACAGAAGAUGCUGAUGAUCACAUUCACGUGUUCCUUAACGUAGAUGAAGAUCCCAAACAUAUCAGCGGUGGUUUUUGGAAUGAUUACUUUGCAAAUGGUGCAGUUGAAAGAAGAAUUCGUUUGGGAACCAUAUCUGGACUUGGGAGCAGUCCAGAUGAAGGUUGUUGUUAUGUCUAUAAUGACAAGGGUACAAAGACCCAUGUGCUUAUGAAGCAUAGAACAUUGAUGGUGAAGCAUAUGCACUGGUAUCACGUAGGUGAGAAGGUUUCAGUUUGUGAGUGUAGAUGCACUAGAGCACGUUUACCCCCAAGCAAAUUUUGGCUAUUUGAGCCUCGUUGUGGCUUCCAUGACAUUGGGGGUUGGUAUGUUGAAACAUAUGGCAAAAAUAAGAAUGGUCGUACAAUGCCAUCACAUAGGUUCUGGGAUGGCAUGGAUUAUAGGGAGCAAGCUGACAAAAGACUUCAUCCAGCAAUGUAUCUGUUUGCUCUUGCAUAUCGGACACUUGAUCUUGAAUAUGCCAAAGCAAGAAAGAAAUCAUUUAGGAAUGUUGUUGGAGCACAAAUGUUUCGAAUUCUGCACUGGUGCAGGAAACUUGUUCAAUAAGUAUAUCCGUUGGGCUUAUGACGCUGUCACCGAAUUUUUGUAUCAUUGGUAGAACAAUUUGGACAGACCAACAGAUUCUUUACUAAUUUCUAUUUAGUAAUUUUAGAAGAUUUUCCCUGUCCAUUUACAUUGCAAAAUGACUUUUGGGAGGAAUGACCUGUAAGUACUGAAAGGAAAACUCAUUAGAAGCUGUUUUAUUUACUUGGCGAGAGCAAAUUCAACUUUUGAUCUGCCCGGUGAUGGAUUAUAGGCCAAAUACUGAAUUCACGUCACUUAAGGAACCACGAUCAUGCCUGAGCUGAUUUGCCUCUGUAUUGAUUUGUCAAAAAUAUUCUGUUGUGCUACUUGUAUCAAAGUUGUCGUGCAACCAGAAUGUUUACGGAUAUACAUCUAUCGAUUUCUGUGUGUGGAACAUACCUCUGCAGUUGCCUAUCUGUCAUUGAAACAAUAUUCUUUAUUUUGGUCAGUAUUAUGGAAGCUAGUUGUUUCACUGCACAAGGAGUUUUGUCCCCUUACUGGAAAGAUCAUGGAGCUAAAGACUUCCUGUAAUUUACUUGAUCAUCAUAACUAAUGGAACAUCACAUACAACUUCUGCUUGCAUAGACUUUCCCCAUGGGCAUGUGAGUCUUACAUGUGUCCACUUGUGUAUAGUAUAUAUCAAUAUAUUUAAUCCUGUUUUUC